AUGUGCUUGCAGCUCUACUCCGUGUGCCUGGAGGGCUUCCUGCUCGGCAAGGUGCGCUACCGGCAGCUGCGCCGCUGGGACGCGCAGCUGCGGCGGCUGUUCGGGAGCACCGUCCCGCCUUUCCCUCCCAAGUUUUACCUGGCCAUGACGGAGGCGAUGGCUGAGGAGAGGCGGGCUCGCCUGGAGCAGUACCUGCAGAACGUUACUUUAGAUCCAAAUAUUACCAGCAGUGAUGUCUUCGUAAGUUUUUUCCGAAAGCUACAGCAGUUCCCAGAAGAGUCUUUGUGA